AUGCCCGAGAGGGACAUCGAUGGCGAAGCACGGAAGCGGCAAGCCAGGAACCUGGCAGAGGUCGAGGCAUUAUUGCGCCGAGCACGGGAGCAAGAAGAAGAAGAGCAGUUCUUUGCUUCGGUUCGAAGCCGGUGUCAGGGCGACGGAUCCCGGGCCACGCCACAGGAAGUCCUGAAGACCUCCACUCCACCACGCGCCGAAGUUCGGCUUCCAGCCCCGGCAGCCACGCUCCAUGUUGAUGCAGCGGCAGCCGGCCGUUUCGUAAGGCAUCAUUCCCGAAGAAGCCCAACGCGUGCUGCGCAGGCUCAGGGUACCGCGAGGGACUUACCUCUCGCAUUGGAGCGGCACUACGAACUUCUGGGCUUGCGGCCAGGCACCCCGGCCCCAGAUGUGCACGCAGCUUACAAGCGCCUCGGGACGACUAUGGGCGAUGAGGACGGCAGCCGGGCGAAGAGGUUGAGGGCAGCGACCGCAGCUUACGAGGCUAUUUGUGAGCACUGCAAUGAGCGACCGUGGUCUCGGAUGCCUCCUCCAUGA